UUGUUGUCUGUUUGUACUUACUAUGUGUAUAUUUAUUUUCGUGUUGUUGUUUAUUUAUUUAGUUAUUAUUGUCAUAUGUUAGUUAUUUAUCAUGUUUAAAAUUUUUUAACCAUUUGCCCUGGUGCAGAAUAGCCUAUAUGGCUUUUGUGCCAAUAAACAAAAAUCAACCAACCAAUCAAUUAACCAGUUUAUCGAAAGAUUUUCAUGUAUAUUAUGCAAUAAAUAUUUUAGUAGAAAAAUAUAUUUUAUUUAUAUUUUUUUUACGUUUAUUUAUGUAUCAAAGCAUUUAUGUAGAAUCUUUUGAACAUCUGCAAGUAAUUAGCAAUUUUCAGAUGGGGAACCAGCAAUAAAAUAGUUGAUUGGAAAUGUUUAUUGUCCUGUAUGUACAAAGUUUUCUGAAAAUGGAGUUUUCAAUUGUUACCAUUUAUGACUGCAAUAAAAGAUGCCAGAUGAUGGUUCUUAGGAUUUCUGACCCUUUGUUUUUCUUUGAACAAUUCUGUAAUUUUUCUCACUCAUAGUUCUGCUCUUGAGUUGUUUAGUGUGCUUAUUUUGUGUUGAAAAUUUUGAAAUUUUUUUGUGUGCUUUUUUUUACUCGUGUUGUUGCUACUUAUCAAGUAAGUUACUUAUCAUUAUAAUACUUUAGGAAAAUUGUUUUCUCGUGCAUAAUAUAAAAGAACGGAUUUUAGAUAAUUUAUUUUGUUGGCAGAAUGUCUUCUGAUUCGGAUAAUGAAUAUAUCCCAGGAUCAUCAAGUGGGUCUGAGGGGAGUUGGUCUAGUGCAGUUAGUGGGCUGACGGGAUCGGAUGUAAGCGAAUAGGAAAUGGAUGUGGCAUCCACAUCAAGUACAAAAAGCUGGUGCCUAAUAGAUAUGAACAAUCUAUUUUCGGCUCCUCCGCGUUUUCCUUUUGUGGGAAAUCCCGGAAUGACAGUAGACGUUGGGAAUACGGGUGACCCUUUGGAUUAUUUCCAAUUGUUUUUUAAUAUAAAUAUUAUCAAUAAUAUUGUUGAUGAAACAAAUAGAUUUCAUUCUCAACGGCCACAAACAUCACGCAGUAACUAGACACCACUUACUGCAGAAUAAUUUUUUCUGUUCAUUAGUAUAUGUAUAUUACAAGGUAUUAUAAAAAAACCCGAGGAGAGGAUGUAUUGGACGAAAGACGCCAAAUUACACACCCCGUUUUUUGGCAGAGUAAUUUCGAGAAAUAGAUUUAGAAAUAUAAAAAAAAAUUUACAUUUCAUAAAUAAUGACACUUAUAACCCAGACACACACCCCAAUCCUAAACUGCACAAAAUUUGGCCGAUAAUUGUAGACCUAAAUUCAAAAUUUUCGCGAUUUUAUAUACCGGAAAGAGACAUAUCCAUCGAUGAGAGUUUGUUGCUAUACAAGGGUCGUCUUUCGUGGAAACAAUUCAUUCCUCAGAAACGGUCUCGUUUCGGUGUGAAAUUUUAUAAUUUAUGUGAAUCCUCAUCAGGAUAUUUAUAUAAAUUUCUAAUUUAUACCGGCAAGUCAACUACAUUGGAUGAUAAGUAUAAAAAUAUGCCAGUCAGUUCAAUGAUUGUGCUAACGUUAAUUGAUUCGUUGUUAGAUAAGGGCUAUUGUCUAACAACAGAUAGAUUUUACUCUUCCCCACAGUUGGCGGAUUAUCUUGUCACGUGCAAAACGGAUUUUUAUGGAACCGUACGCACAAUAAGACGAGAGAUUCCGCCAGUAAUCCAUAGGCAAAAAUUGAAAAAGGGAGAAACAAUUGCUUUCCAGAGAGGUAAGCUAAUGGUUAUGAAAUGGCAGGACAAGCGAAGUGUAGCUUUACUGUCUACAGUCCACAAUCCUGCCAUGGUAACCACACGAACACAUGCCGGUAAGUCUGUUGUAAAGCCACAGGUCAUUGUCGACUACAACGACACAAUGGGGGGUGUUGACCUGUUAGAUCAACAUCUCCAUGACUAUGCAGUGGCGAGAAAAGGUGGGAAGAAGUACUAUAGAAAAAUAUUUUUUCAUUUAGUAGAUUUUUGUAUAUACAAUUCUUUUGUGAUGUACAAGAAAAAUGGUGGCCAAAAAACAAAUUUACAAUUUCGACUGACUCUUAUUGAUAGAAUAAUAGAAACAUAUCACACCGAAACGAGGGUAACACACCAAAGUCGGCUGAGAACAAUAGGUCCGCUAAGACUAACGGAAAGACAUUUCCCGGACUUCGUUCCACCGACUGAGAAAAAAGCUGCUCCCACUAGGUACUGUGCUGUAUGUUGUAGAAAACGUGACAGUACUGGAAAAAAAAGCCAUGUAGGUAUAAAAGGAAAUGAAGAAGCGGACGCAGCUGCAAAGGCAGCUAGUCCUUCACAGCAUAUAAUGCCUAUUGAAGGAGGAGAUUUACUCAUAGAAGCAGCUUCCUUUCAACAGUCAGAAAAGCUUUUGAAAAUGAAGUCUCUAGGAGACAUACAAGUCAUGUAUACACCACACACAAGUUUGAACACAUCAUGUGGUAUGAUAUCUGAUGAUGAAUGA